CUCUUCCAGAAUCAAUCAGGAAGCAAUGUUGUGGGUAUUGUACAUGCUAGUCGUUCUCCAUCAGUUGAAGCAGUAUUAGUUGCUGUAUCACUAACUAAAAAAGAUGUUGAAGCACUGGCUGUGACACUUGCUUUAGCAACGUUUUGUCGAGAACAAAUAUAUUGGGCACGUGAUAUUCAUUUCGUUUUCGUAGAUAAGGGCUUAAUUGGAAUGACGGCAUACCUUGAUGAAUAUUAUGGGCACCGCCACCCAUUCUUGCGAAUUAAACAGUUACGUUUUCAUAGCGGUGCAAUUGUGGGUGCAUUUGCAGUGAAAGCUAAAGGUUCACGGUUUGAUUCAGUAAACAUCGAGUAUAACAUGGUAAAUGGCUUAUUACCGAAUCUAGAUUUGAUUAAUUUGAUGGUAAGACUUGCUGAUAAAUAUGGAUUGGUACCUCAAGUUUUCAAUCAUGGAAAUCAGAAUUCAUGGAUCAAUCUAUUUCAGACAACUAGUAAAGCUGUGAUAAAUCAGGCAUUUGUUGAAAAAGAGGGUUUGCAUAGCAUUUUCGGAGCAUAUGGCAUACAAGCAGUAACAUUAUACUUUAAAAAUGAUGUAGAAGGGCAUGCAUCUCUCAUGGAUUUAAUUCGAAUAUGUGAGGGAGCGUUGAGGUCUUUGAACAAUAUGUUGGAAAAGUUUCAUCAGUCAUAUUUCUUGUAUAUAUUAACAAAUGUGCGUAAUUUUCUUUCGGUCGCUUAUUUUAUGCCAGCUUUGGGUCUGAUUCUGUUUUCCAUGAUAAUACUGGCACUUCGUCAUUGGUACGACAUAACGGAAUUUUAUUUUCCGAACUCUUUUGUCAUUCUUCAUUUUAUUGGAUUAAUCCAAUAUUGCUGCAUCAAAAAUGUUGCUAUAUCGAGUACUUAUUCUUCAUACACAGUUUCGCUGCUCUUAUUUUUUGCACUUGUUCCACAAUACUGCUUUAUUCCUCUAAGACAGAGGGAGCUUGUUUCUUUCAAGUUUUUGUUUUAUUUGGAUUACUGUCUUGUAUUUGGAUCAAUUUCGCUUCUGAAUUUUUCGUUGGCAUAUAUUAUUUCGUUGAUUGCUAUCCCGUUAAUAGUUCUAUUUACAGCUGUGGAUAUCCGUGAUCGGCAAGCAACAUUUUCUCUUUAUAGCUUUAUUUGAUU